AUUCAUCCCUCGUAUUGUGUGCGGUGGAUUUCGACUCUUCAGUACAAACGCACCGCCACCACUCUACACUCUCUUCCUUCCUUGAAAAUAGUAGUACAAAAUACUUCAAAAAACCCAGGCUUCCAACACCAACGUACGCCGCAGAGAGAGAGAGAGACAGAGGUGCGUUUUGCGUGUUGCUUGAACCCCCUCCGUCGUGUCUUCUUGUUGUUUCAAGUGAAGGAGACGAAUGAAAAUGGGUAGAAAGAAAAAGACGGUGACCUUCCUUACUGCUAAUGAGGAUAAAGCCUCCAAUACUAGUUCAGAGACGAAGACUGGUGUGGAGAAACUGCAUUCUCAUCCUAUGGAGGCUACGAAUGUGGAGAAUAGUGGGCAUCAGAUUUCAAAUGGUGCAAAGCGGGAGAAGAAUUCAAGGGUGGGGAGUGUGGUUGUGAGACGAUCCUCUCGUAUUAACAGUUUGGCAUCACCUACUAAUAGCCUUGAGGUGGAACCGGUUGUGGAGCAUAUUGAUCUUGUUGAAGAUGAAAAGGAACAAGAACUGGAGGUUCAGCAAGGUAGCGAUUCACCACAAGCGAAUGAAGGAAGCCUUGAAGAAAAGGUUUCUGAACAAGAAGAUGCUCCCGAUAUCAGCUACAAAAGCUUGUACAUCGACUCACAAAAGAAGAUUGAGUUGUUGAUCGAGGAAAACUAUGAGCUAGUGAGGAAGCUGGAAUUCGCUCGUGGGAAAAUUGCCGCAUAUGAGGCGAUGAAGGAUGCUGUGAAGGAUGCUGUGGGAGCUCAGAAGGAGUUUGUGCUCGUCUCCCAGCUGGGAAAAGUUGCAGGUUUGUCGCCUAAAGCAGUUGAAAAGUGUUUCCCGACUCCUCCUGCCGAUUCUCCCAUUGUUCCUAAGCCAAAGAAGACUUACCAGAAACGGGCGAGGCAUUGACGCUGCUCCUAAUCAGAGGCAUGUUUAUGGUGGUGGUGGUGGUGAUGCUGGAUUCUACCUACUUUUGUGUUUUUUGUGUAAAAUGUUGCUUAUUUUGUGUCAAGUAGAAGAAAAAUGUAGCCAGGAAACUUAUGUUUUGCACCAUUGCCUUAUUGGCUACUGCUCAUGCCAUGGACUUCAUAUUUGCAAAAAGAAAAAAAGGUGGUGAUCA